AUGUGUGAGGGCACAGAUGACCACUCAAAGAGCCACAGUCACAGUGAGGAACCUGGACUUCAGGAAUCACAUUAUGUGCAUCAUGUUGUUGACAGCGCUACCGGUUGCUCCCUUCCUCAGGUCAAGAAGAACAGCAAGAGGCAUCUUCCAUCUCAGACAGCAGCCACUCCCUCCCCCAAGAAGCCUCCUGACUUGCAAGUGUUUGACAAACCUCCAGAUCCUGAAUGCCCAGAUCAGAAACCUCUAAAAUUGGAGGUGGAUUUACCGAAAGAACCCCCUGCUGAUAUUCCAACUGAGAAACAAGACCUUCCAGCUUCUGAACAUCAGCCAGAACCAGAGCCCCAGAAUGAACAGCACCAGAAUCAUACCCCACCUGUCCCUGCUCCAGAGAAAUUGGGAGAUGGAACACCGCAAGAGACCAACCCGGAAGAAACUAUAGCUUGCUGUGCCAGCUGUCAGGGUCAAUUCCCAGGAGUGAUGCUUCCAUCUCAAAGACGCUGCCGGUGGCUCUGCCCAGACUGCAGAGCUCAGAGAAGAGAUUUCAACCGGGAACAGAGGUAUUACAAGCAAAUUGGCUGUGGUGUGUGCCAGGCCUGCCAGAUGUCUCAGGACUGCGGCAUCUGCAGUGUGUGUGUCCUGCGAGCCAGAGAUCCAGAGGUUUGUACUGGCGUCAAAUGCCUGCUGCGUCGAUGCUUGAGGAUUGUCAAAAAGGGUCUUGAAUGUGGUAUGUGUCAGGCUUGCAAGAUAAUGGAAGACUGUGGUAGCUGCGUUAUCUGUUUGCGGAGACAUAAACCAGGCAUGAAGCGCCAAUGGAAAUGCGUCAAGCGCCGCUGCCUUAAACGCAAGAAAAAAAUCCUCCCAAAGAAGGAUGGCUACAACUCCAAGAAGCUUACAGUGGAAGCAGCCUCUGCCAAGGAUGCUCCUACACCUGUACGGCGCCGGCAAAAGAAGGCCACACCAGCAAAAGAUGGACUUCCCACCAAGGCCCAGCGUGGUCCAAGGCAACGCCGCAAGAAGCUAUCAGAAACAGACCCACUUGCAGUGGCCACCGUGAGUGAAGAUGGGCCCCCUCCAAAGGCCCUGCUGGUUUCAGGCAGCCGUCGCCGGAAGCGCUCUGCUACUACAAAGUGGAAACCCACCUCAGAACAGGAAACUGAAGACGUCCCUGUUGUGAAGCAUGGGCAUGCCCCCAAAAGGAGACGCUGUCGAAAAUGUGGCAAAUGUGAAGCUUGCCUGCUGAAAAGAGACUGUGGCCGCUGCGACUUCUGCUGCGACAAGCCCAAGUUUGGCGGGCAGAACAUGAAGCGCCAGAAGUGCCGCUGGAGACAGUGCCUGCAGCUUGCGAUGAAGCGGCUGCUUCCUGAGGAGUGGAGCAGCCCAGAGGCGGCGGGGUCAGCAGUGGCAGGCUGGAAGGUCAGGAGGAGGAGGAGGAGGACAGUCUUCGGUGGCCACAGCCGCAAGCCGGUCAGGAUCAAGCAGGUGGGGCGGCGGGGUGCAAAGGGGAGUGGCCAGAAGCAAAAGGCAAAAGCCAGCUUCCAGCCAGAGGAGUCUUCCUCUACCAGUGAAAUGGCUCAUCCUCCCAAGUCGUGUAGCCCACAGACAUCACAACAAUGGCAGCAAGAGCAGCAGCUUGUACCACUGAGUUUGAAAAACAAACCAGAGGCAGCUGGCUUUCCUGUGACUGGAACCCCUGUAAAGGACCAUCCCAUCCUUCCAGAGAGUGUUACAGAGGCUCCAGAGGUACCUUUCCACCCCACACCACCAGCCUGGAUAGUGGGGAAAGAAUCAGACACCAGAUUACCUCCUGUCAAUCCCCUUCUUGCCACCUCUCCCAAAAUCAAACAGGACCAUGUAGAACCAGGUGGAGACCGUCGUCCUUCCAAUGACUCUCCAGUGUCAGCAGGUCUCCCCCAGUUUAAGAGGCCACAGGGACCACAGAGCACAGAAGUGGUGAUUCUUGAUGAUGAAGACGAUGAUGAAGUGGAGCAACCUCAGCAAAUACGGCCCCCAGUGAUAAUGGAGAUCUACAGCCUGGGUGACAUGCAGCCCCUUGCCCAGUUGGACAGUGUCCUACAUGAGUUCUUGGCUGAGCUGAAUGAGAUCCCUCUCCCUGCCCAUUGGGAGGUCCUGCCCCCACUUGGCAGCCCCAACCUGCGACUUGUACAGCGAUCAAAACACUCUACCAUGUCAGCAGCUGUCAUUUACAUCCGUCCAGGCCUCUUCUUUCAUGUGGUGGUGCAAGACAUGCCUGUACCCCCUGAACAUGAACUUUAUGCAAGCCAUCCUGCCCGCCUGACUACUGUGGAUGAAGUGGUGGAACUUAUCUGUGACCUGGAAGCCUAUAGGCUUUGCCCAGGCUGGCCAGCAGGCUGGCACGCUGGUGAGCGGUCUGAGGCCUGUGAUGUUCUUGUGUAUUCGGGCUGCUGCCCACAGUGCCGGCUCAACCCUUGGCCAUCAGGGAGUGGUGCCUGCUGAGAACCAAACAGGGAGGGAUUUGGAAACAGGACCUGACCCUGUUGGACACUGAAAAACAGAAGUUUUAUUUUGACACUGGAAAAGGCUUGGAUAUCCGAAUUGUUGUUCCUUGCCGUAAAUAGCUUUAUAUUUUUUUCCUUCUUGUUCAAUAGUUUGGCACAGAAAGUCAUAUUCUCUUGUUGUCUUUUGUCUCUGUCUCCAUAUCUGUCUCACAUGCUCCUGGUAAGCUCUGCUUCUUCAUUUUGACAUAGAAUGAAAAGCUUAAGUUCAGAUGCCUGACUUGCUUCAGUCAUUCACUCAUCUCCGUUGGAGAGUUUGCAUUGUGUACCAUGGGCACAUCUUAACAGCCUGUGCUCAUUGCCAGUUCCUGGUACUUUCAAAACCUUGGCAAAAUACCACUACAUGUUGAAAUGGCAGGAGUGUGAAAGACGGCCUAUGGACUGGCUCGGACUUUUCUCUCUGUUUCUUUCACUUGCUUGGCCCACUCUCUCGAAUCUAUACCACUGUCUUGGUGACUUUGGGGACCAUAGUUAUAGUUGCCAGAUAUGGGAAGGAUGGAAUGUAAGAGUAGGAUCUCCUUCUCUCGAAUAAUCCCUCUGGUAGAGAAUUUGCCCCAGAAUACAUCUAUUGUAUUCUUCCUUCCCCAGAAUACAUCUAUUGAAUUGUUUGCCUUGGAUUGUAUUUUCUUUACUUCGAGGUUGCUGAGUUUGUAUGGUUAAUUCCGUUUGAAGACCAGAAAGUUUUGGGAGGUUGGGGAUCAGGGAAGAUGGGAUGGAUAUUGCUCACGGUCAGCUGCCAGCACUCUAUAUAUUGUGAGAUUCCAGCAUGUCCUGUUCAGGGAAGUUCUGCAGAAGCCAUAGCUGUAUGUCACUUGCUAAUUCCGUGGUUUUGUUUUGCAUCUUCCUUCUGUGUGACUGGUGGCAGCAGCAAGUAUUCAGUGCCCCUGAGCCUUUCCUUCAUGCCUGUUGCAAUCACUUUUUCCCUUCCCUUUGUCCUCCUUUUCCCUCAGAAGGAAAGUAUUAGCUUAUCCCUCAAAGAGUUAUCAAAUCAGAACUGGUCUCUAUUUUUUUUAAUGUAUUAAAAAAUUGAAUGAGCAAAGUC